UUGGCAACCAGAACGCCAGGUUCCAUUUAAUGAAGUUAGAUUACCACCACCACCUGAUAUAAAAAAAGAAAUUAGUGAAGGAGAUGAAGUAGAGGUUUAUUCAAGAGCAAAUGACCAAGAACCAUGUGGAUGGUGGUUGGCUAAAGUUAGAAUGAUGAAAGGAGAAUUUUAUGUCAUUGAGUAUGCUGCUUGUGAUGCCACUUACAAUGAAAUAGUCACAUUUGAACGACUUCGACCUGUCAAUCAAAAUAAAACUGUCAAAAAAAAUACCUUCUUUAAAUGCACAGUGGAUGUACCUGAGGAUUUGAGAGCGGCGUGUGCUAAUGAAAAUGCUCAUAAAGAUUUUAAGAAAGCAGUAGGAGCAUGCAGAAUUUUUUACCACCCAGAAACCACACAGCUCAUGAUCCUGUCUGCCAGUGAAGCAACUGUGAAGAGAGUAAAUAUUUUAAGUGACAUGCAUUUACGAAGUAUUCGUACCAAGUUGAUGCUUAUGUCCAGAAAUGAAGAGGCCACGAAGCAUUUAGAAUGCACAAAACAACUUGCAGCAGCUUUUCAUGAGGAAUUUGUUGUGAGAGAAGAUUUAAUGGGCCUUGCAAUAGGAACACAUGGUAGUAACAUACAGCAAGCCAGGAAGGUUCCUGGAGUUACAGCCAUUGAACUAGAUGAAGAUACUGGAACAUUUCGGAUCUAUGGCGAGAGUGCUGAUGCUGUGAAAAAGGCUAGAGGUUUCUUGGAAUUUGUGGAGGAUUUUAUUCAGGUUCCUAGAAAUCUUGUUGGAAAAGUAAUUGGGAAAAAUGGCAAAGUUAUACAGGAAAUUGUGGACAAAUCUGGUGUGGUUCGGGUGAGAAUUGAAGGAGACAAUGAAAAUAAACUACCCAGAGAAGAUGGGAUGGUUCCAUUUGUAUUUGUUGGCACUAAGGAAAGCAUUGGAAAUGUACAAGUUCUCUUAGAGUAUCAUAUUGCUUAUCUAAAGGAAGUAGAACAGCUAAGAAUGGAACGCCUACAGAUUGAUGAACAGCUACGACAGAUUGGUAUGGGUUUUAGACCUUCUUCCACCAGAGGGCCUGAAAAAGAAAAAGGAUAUGCCACUGAUGAAAGUACCGUCUCUUCUGUACAAGGUUCUAGGUCUUAUAGUGGAAGAGGCAGAGGUCGUCGGGGCCCUAAUUACACCUCCGGUUAUGGUACAAACUCUGAGCUGUCCAACCCCUCUGAAACAGAAUCGGAACGUAAAGAUGAGCUGAGCGAUUGGUCAUUAGCAGGAGAAGAUGAUCGAGAAAGCCGGCAUCAGCGUGACAGCAGGAGACGCCCAGGAGGAAGAGGCCGGAGUGUUUCAGGGGGUCGAGGUCGUGGUGGACCACGCGGUGGCAAAUCCUCCAUCAGUUCUGUGCUCAAAGAUCCAGACAGCAAUCCAUACAGCUUACUUGAUAAUACAGAAUCAGAUCAGACUGCAGACACUGAUGCCAGCGAAUCUCAUCACAGUACUAACCGCCGUAGGCGGUCUCGUAGACGAAGGACUGAUGAAGAUGCUGUUCUGAUGGAUGGGAUGACUGAAUCUGAUACAGCUUCAGUUAAUGAAAACGGGCUAGAUGAUAGUGAAAAAAAACCCCAGCGACGCAAUCGUAGCCGCAGGCGUCGUUUCAGGGGUCAGGCAGAAGAUAGACAGCCAGUCACAGUUGCAGAUUAUAUUUCUAGAGCUGAGUCUCAGAGCAGACAAAGAAACCUCCCAAGGGAAACUUUGGCUAAAAACAAGAAAGAAAUGGCAAAAGAUGUGAUUGAAGAGCAUGGUCCUUCAGAAAAGGCAAUAAAUGGCCCAACUAGUGCUUCUGGCGAUGAAAUUUCUAAGCUACAGCGUACUCCAGGAGAAGAAAAGAUUAAUACCUUAAAAGAAGAAAAUACUCAAGAAGCAGCAGUCCUGAAUGGUGUUUCAUAAACUGAAGAAGUUCUUAGUUUACAGUUCUUUUACAUUACAUUUACAAUAGUGCUUGUACAAGCUUGCCAAAGAUAGAAUACGGAUACGGAUCGCCAGUCUUUACAUCGCACUUUCAGUUCCUCCAUUUGGAAUUCAGAAAGGGGAGGGAUCCUGAAGAAAUCAUAUGUUAAACAUACUUUGACACCUACUGUGUUAUAAAAUAUAUCAUCAGAUGUGCCUUGAGAAUAGUAUAUGUAACAUUAAAAAAAGUUGCUGGCUAUA